UCAGCAGUGUAAGGUGGAGGAAGGUGGAUCAGUCUGUAAUUUCCGGUCAGGGGGAAUGCAUGUGCAUUUAGUUCUCAUUAAAACUACACAGACUUAUGGGAGCACUAUUAGAUUUGAUCUAGCCUUUGGUCUCUCUCUCUAGACUGGAGUGAUCCUACAUGGAAGUGAAACUGUGCUCUGUGCCUGCCUAUAUAGGCAGUGAUCCUACCUGGAAGUGAAACUGUGCUCUGUGUCUGCCUCUAUAGGCCGUGGUCGCUAGCAGGGGAGGACCACAGCAAACUCAGACGUCCCUACUGUACCUAACCUGAACUUGGAGCACAACCAUUCUGGACUAAGGUGUCCAUGGCCCCUAAUGAAGUGUGAAAUCAAAUCACAGUGAUAAUCACACAGGCAGGAAACUCGCUGGAUACUACAGUAGUAUAUGUGAGAUGAAGGCCCAGCGAUGCUGCUGAGAUCCCCUCCGCCUCCUCAUCUCUGACGCCAUCAUGCUGAAGACGGAGGCCUCAGGGGAGAGGAGCAAUCUCCGGAGCGCCUCUCCCCACCGCAACGCCUACAGGACAGAGUUCCAGGCCCUAAAGAAGGCCUUCGACCAGCCAACCCGGCAGGACAGCAAGGAGCCCCAGCUCAAGGACACUGAGCGGGUCACCCAGCGCCGGGGACGACAGUAUGGUGCCCACGUUAGCCGCAUCAAGGACAUGUUCAUGCAGAUGCAGGGCACAGAGAGCUCCAGUACUUCCACCAGGCGGGAAGACCCGUCGCCUCAGAAGAUGACCAAGCCCACCAACUUCAUCAACAAGGUUGAUGGCUCAGUCAUCAAGCUCACGCAGCACCCUAUAGCGGACCGAACCAGCGCAGGGUCAAAGGUCGUAGAGGCCAGGAAGCUGUUUGAGCAGCAGUCACGUGAUGCGUCCCAAUCGCCUGUCUACUCCUAUGGCCGGGAGAAGAGGGGUUCCCAUGAGCACCUGGAUGACUGGCGAGGGUCGCGCUCCAACAGGGGCAGCACAGACUCCCUGGACUCACAGUGUUCCAGGACGGAAGCCCAGUCGCCCACCGUGAGCCAGCUGAGCGCUGUGUUUGAGAACGUCGACCACCAGGGAGGGGGAGGAGGGGGCCCAUUCCGGCGAGGACGGGCACUCUACUCCCCUGAUAACUUCCACCGGCACGGCGACCUCAGCGAAGAUGACUCGCGCCAAUCCCCGGUGCGUGGUGGAGGGUACAGGAGCCGCGUGGGGGGCAAACUUCCCAUGUCCUCAUCCUCAGAAGACCUCCUCAGCCCUAGCCCGCUGUCGGAGACGGUGGAGCUAAAACCCUUCCUGCAUGAGGAGGAGCCCCAGGAGAGAGAGGAGACAGCAGGGGAGUUAGGACAGAGGGACAGAGAGAGACAUCCCGUAAGGGCCACCACCAACGGAGGGGAAGUGAACGGAUCGUAUGAGGAGAAGCAGGCGGAGGAAACCGACACCUCCAGAGAGACGUCGGGAGUCUGCACAGACUCAAGGCCCACAAAUGAUGCCACCGUCGGGGACAAGACUUCCGAGGACACCUAUGAUACCCCAGCUACCCCAGCCCAGGAUGAAGCCCAGGAUGAGGCAGAAGCCCGUGGGGAGGAGGUGGAGGUGGAGAAUGCCUCCUCCAGGCCCAGGGUCUUUCCAGAGGACCAGGCAGAAGAGCCCAAUGAGGAAUACAGUGGGAACGAGAGGGUGAUUUUUAACGCGGACGGAGACGCUUGCUACCAGGGAUGGGGGGAGAGCUGUACUGACCCUGAGGAUGACCUUUACGGUGAUGAUGACGUCAUCUAUGACCCUGGGAAUGAUCUUACUGAGAUCCCUGGUCUACCAGAGGAAGAGAAGGAGGAUAUCCCUCCGAAGAGGAAACUACGAUUCAGCACCAAACCCAUGAUGGUGUUCAACACCUACUGUAACGAGGACUAUGACAGGAGGAAUGAGGAGGUGGACCCGGUGGCCUCGUCAGCAGAGUACGAGCUGGAGAAGAGGGUGGAGAAACUGGAGCUGUUCCCUGUAGAGCUGGAGAAAGAUGACGAUGGCCUUGGUAUCAGUAUCAUAGGAAUGGGAGUGGGUGCUGACGCCGGUCUGGAGAAACUUGGCAUCUUCGUCAAGACUGUCAUUGAGGGCGGGGCAGCUGAGAGAGAUGACAGGAUCAAGGUGAACGACCAGAUCGUGGAGGUGGACGGCACCAGUCUGGUGGGGGUGACACAGAGCUUCGCUGCCUCCGUCCUGAGGAACACCCAGGGAGUGGUUAGGUUUGUGAUUGGUCGAGAGCGUCCGGGUCAGGUGAGCGAGGUGGCUGCUCUGAUCCAACAGACUCUGGAGCAGGAGAGGAGACAGAGAGAGUUGCUGGAGCAGCAGUAUGCCCAGUAUGACGCUGAUGACGAUGAGACUGGGGAGUACGCCACUGAUGAGGAGGAGGAGGCGGGGCCGGCCGCAGACGGUGGGGGGGAAGAGGAAGGUGACGGGGAGAAGAGCAUCGAGGUGUUCGAUUUGCCAGAAACAGAUAACAUCAUUUCCCCCUCAGAGUUGGACGCUACCAAACUCUACCAGACAUUCAGAGAGCUGCAGAUCAAGCACACUGUCACUGAGGCAGAGAUACAGAAGCUCAAAAACAAGCUUGCUGUGGUGGAGAGGGAGAAGGCACGCUGGGAGAAGGAGAAGAGCCAGCUGAAGGCCAGCAUGGAGGAGAACAAGGAGAGGAUGCUGAAGCUGGAGAGUUACUGGAUCGAGGCCCAGACCCUGUGCCACACGGUCAACGAGCACCUGAAGGAGGCCCAGUGCCAAUACACCACCCUAGAGAAGAAGUACAACAAGGCCAAGAAACUCAUCAAGGACUUCCAGCAGAAAGAGGUGGAGUUUGUCCAGAAGGAGGAAGCGGAGAGGAAGAGGCUGGAGGAUACAGAGAAGGUCCACCUGGAGGAGAUUCAGGGACUGCAAGUCAGGAUUGCAGCCCUGGAGUCUGAGCUGAUGCAACUGAUGAAACAAAAUGGCAUCCAGAUGAACAACAACAACAACAGCGCCCAACAGCAGAGUCCUGGGAUGGCCGGCCCUGCAAGAGAGCUGAGUGAGGUGGUUCCCCACGCUGGAAGUAGACAGAGACUCUCCAGAGGACUACUACAGGACAGCAUCAGCUCUACAGAGGAAGAGGCAUCAGAGGGCCCUGGCAAUACUUGUUCAUCCAUGCGGAGUGCAGCCUCCAGUACUGUGGAUGAAUGCAGAGCCUCCAGGGCCCCUGGCAGUGCUGAGGGCUCCCCCAGACACACCCUCCUCCAGAAGGCAGCAGACAACACCGGGUCUCAGUCUCCUGUGGUGUCCAGCCCCUCUCUCAGCCUGGACGAGAAGAUCACCAGGAGUGGUCUGGACCCACUGACACAGGGCAAAGGGAAGGACCCCAGAAGCUCACCAGGAAACAGUUCUACAGAGCCCUCUGCUGAGAAUAGCCCAGAGAAGCUCAAGGCCAAGAAAUCUCUUACUUGGCCCCACUUCUUCUCCUAUUCAUAUGACUUGGUUCCUGUGGUGAAGGAUGAUCUGAGUGUCAGCAGUAGCAGCUCAGUGGAGGUCAGUGGUCUGCUGACUGAAGCCAAGAUGUCCAGUCGCUCACACACACUGGUGCUCUCCUCAGACGAGAGUCUGGAUAUGAUAGAUGAGGAGAUCCUAGAUGGGGGCCAGUGCCCCAAGCAGCACCAGUGGCAGAACCUCAUUGUGACAGAGUGGACCUCCCAGCAGGUGUCCCGCUGGCUCAUGGGACUAAACCUGGAUCAGUACAUCCCAGAUUUCAUGGCCAAGAACGUAGACGGAGACCAGCUACUGCAGCUGGACAGUACUGAGCUCAAGACCCUUGGCGUUGCUUCCUCCCAGGACCGGGCUCUGAUCAAGAAGAAGGCAAAGGACCUCAAGGUCCUGAUGGAGAAGGCUCGGAGGAACAGGGAGAAACUGGACAAACAGCGAGAGAAGCUCCGUAAGAAAGAGCUGGAGCAGCAACAGAAACAGGCCCACAAACCCAGCAGCAAGGGCCUCUCCGAGACAGCAGAAGGCACAGCAAAGUAACCCACGGCUUUAAGACCUACCUCUCCUUGUCUGUCUACCAACAACCACUACAAAGUAGUAUCUCCAGGGAUAGAAACAGUCACCAGAACCACUGAGCUAAAAUACCAGAUGUAUUAUGUGAUAUGUCAAUUGAUAUAACCAGAGAUACUUUUAAGGAGGAGAUGGGGCAACUCCAGUGGAAUCGUAUUAAUGCUCAUUGUGUACGUUGCCCAUGUGUCGUCAAUGGGCCCGCGGUGCAUUCUCGGGGCGAUUCUGGGACAAGGAGAGCUCAAUUGGGUGCUGGGUCAAAAACCCAACAUUACAAAUCUUUUCCCGAGAUGUGAGAUAAUUAACUUGUUCUGUGUAAUAUCGUAUAGCUUUGGAAUCGUGACAUGACCUACUUUUGAGAAAGAUAGGCAGGUUUCUCGAUUCAUACCCUGACUUUGAGAAUUGCGUGACGAUUUGCUUAGCAACAGCGUGAUGCAGCAUGACAACGUGAAUGCGAUUGGUUAACAGUCUGCUGUUAUACGUUCCUCCAUUCAUAGCCCAAUGCGAUUCCCAUCUCCUCCUUUCUGUAAUAUCUCUAGUAUAACACCUAACAGGGCUUGAGUUCAGGCUGUGGAGUUCAGUGCACUACUAUUGGAGGCUGUAGCGCUGGAGGCCGUCACGCUACUGUACCACCGAACAAAUACCAAAAUAACCAGACAGUUGGAUAGUAAAGAUGCUGCCCACCCACCUGCCUACCUUUCAUCUCAUUGUACAUCCUCGUAGUGCAGUAUUUCCCAAACUCAGUCCUACGGAUCCCACGGUGUGCACGUUUUGUUUUUUUGCCCUAACACUACACAGCUGAUUCCAAUGAUCAAAGCUUGAUGAUUAGUUGAAACCAAAACGUGCACCCCUUGGGGUCCUGAGGACCAUGUUUUGGAAACCCUGUCAUAGUGUUUCCAAACCUCCACCUCCAUUACAUAUUAUUUAUUUUGCUGUAAUUCAGGUUUAUUUAUUCAUUCGGAAAACAGAAACCCCCAAAUAUAUCAGCUUCACACCCGUCUGUGUUCCUCCUCUUUUUAUGAUGUCUUAUAUAAAACACCUUUAGACAUCAUGACAAUGUACAUAUAUGAUCAUAUAGAGAAGUCUAAUGUGCCAUUUUUUAUCAAAUGAACAUGUGUAUUCUGUGCAGAUAGAUCGAUGGAUUUAUGGAAUCUGAAUCUUCCCAUCAUAGUUCUGAUGAAGCACAUAUUCUACAAAUGACCUGUGUUGGGGAUAAUGAAUGCAAUACCCAGAUCUCACCACUAGGUGGGGCAACCAACACCUAGAUCUCACCGCUAGGGGUCAGGGCUGUGUGGUGGAUGAUGGGGCAAUUCCCAGAUCGUACCACUUGGUGGGGCAAUACCUAGAUCUCAACACUAGGGGUCAGGGCUGUGUGGUGGAUGGUGGGGGCAAUACCCAGAUUUAACCACUAGGUGGGGCAAUACCUAGAUCUCACCAUUAGGGGUCAGGUCUGUGUAGUGGAUGGUGGGGCAAUAUCCAGAUCUCACCACUCUAGGGGUCAGGCCUGCUCCUUGACUCCUACUACUUGAGAAUGAUGGCAACACUGGAGCUACUCAAGAGGAACUGAAGUCUAUUGAAUAGACAAGUUUUACUGGAAUAAGAACCAAGUUUGUGGGAGGAAAAAGUAUUUAUACUCCUUACUGGAACUACAAUGGAGAUCUCAACACUGGAAUUCCAACUACUGUAUGAACUAAACUCUUUAGUUUGCUAACAGUAAACUGGCCUCUGCAUCGCAUUAGAGCACUUCACACUAUGAAUGACUAAGGACUUAGUGAGUGGACUGAUUCCUCUUAGUGUGAAGUGAAUAGUUCCAUGAAUUUGUAACAUACCAGACCCUGCUCCAAAAACAGGACGAUGACAUUUCAAAGAGAACAUAGUUUCAUCAACCUGUUUUCAACCUCUUUCUGAUACUCUCUAAAUCGGGUUCUCAAAGUGGGGUUGCGGAGGUACAGUAAGGUUUAAGAGGACAGAUCUAAAAUAUAUACAGUACCUGUCAAAAGUUUGGACACACCUACUCAUUCGAGGAUUUUUCUUUAUUUUUACUAUUUUCUACAUUGUAGAAUAAUAGUGAAGACAUCAAAACUAUGAAAUAACACAUAUGGAAUCAUAACCAAAAAAGUGUCCAAAUAUAUAUAUCCAAAUAUAUUUUAUAUUCUAAAAAAGUAGCCACCCUUUGCCUUGAUGACAGCUUUGCAAACUCAACCAGCUUCACCUGGAAUGCUUUUCCAACAGUCUUGAAGGAGUUCCCACAUAUGCUGAGCACUUGUCUUGAAGGAGUUCCCACAUAUGCUGAGCACCAGUUCCAUCAUAACGCUUGAUGGUUUUUGCGACUGCACUUGUAAGAAACUUUUUCUUCUUCUUGACAUUUUCCUCAUUGACUGACCUUCAUGUCUUAAAGUAAUGAUGGACUGUCGUUUGUCUUUGCUUAUUUUAGCUGUUCUUGCCAUAAUAUGGACUUGGUCUUUUACCAAAUAGGGCUAUAUUCUGUAUACCCCCCUACAAAUGUCCCAAAACAACUGAUUGGCUUAAACGCAUGAAGGAAAGAAAUUCCACAAAUGAUCUUUUAACAAGGCACACCUGUUAAUUGAAAUGCAUUCUAGGUGACUACCUCGUGAAGCUGUUUGAGAGAAUGCCAAGAGUGUGCGAAGCUGUUAUUAAUUAAGGCGAAGGGUGGCUACUUUGAAGAAUCUCAAAUAUAACAUAUAUUUUGAUUUGUUUAACACUUUUUUAACUCAUGGGCAUGUGAGGCUCACAGGGAUAUUGGUAUCCACAGUACUCUACCAAUGAUACAUUUUUCAACUCAUUACUAUUCCCCCAAACUGUUUUAUUUAAAACCUAAAUGCACUGUAAUUGAAGCUUUAAAACGGCUAAGUUUUCUCUCUGACUCAUGGCAAAUUGUGUAGACUUGCAGGAUAUUCGUUUUAAAGUUGCAAAAAAUAUAUAUAUCGCUGCCUCAUGGCAAAAUGUGUAGAAUUGCAGGAAAUUAGCUUGAAAACUGCAAAAAAAUCUCUCAGAUGAGAAGAGGGGGGCCUUUGAAAUGUUAUUUCCCAUGGUGCUUUCAAGACAACUGGGAACAAAGGUCAAAUCGUGACGUCAUUGAUCUUCAGAUCGGAAAGUCAGAGCUCUAGGAGGCCCGAGUUUUUUUCAGAGUUUCCAGAUGUCUUGAACGCACUGAAGUCUGAGGUCGGAGAUUUCAGAGUACAGAGAUUCUGAGCUCCCAGUUGUCUUGAAUGCAGCAUUUGUUCAUCCAGCCGUGGAGACUACUGCAGAUGUCUCUGAUGAAUUUGCUAACACAAAAGGGGUCCCCGACCCCAAAAAGUAUGAGAACCCCUACUCUAAAUAACUAAAGUAAAACCCACCCGCUGCCUAGAUUUUCGCAACCCUACCAGCUUCUACCCGAUUGUCUCAAAGCUGGCAAAUAAUAUGGCCAUAUCUUUUCAGGUGAUUCUGUUUGUGUUUUAUGCCCUGCGGUUACGAAAUGGCCCGUUUUCCAUGAUUGGAAAAUGUAUCCCACUACCUGUGUACACUGAAACAUGAGAAGAAAGAUACAGAAUCUGAAAGAGAGGAUUACAUUUGUGUGCAGGUUCAUCAUUGACUCAGUUUCGCCACAGUACAUACACAAUUACUGAGAUUACAAACGUUCCACUAGAACAGAUACAUACACGCAAUACAGUCCAACCGUUUUGGAUUUCAUAUUUCUGUUUCACAGAUACCUUUACAUCAGUUUUAUUUAAAGGACAUUAACAUACAGUACCAGUCAGUUUGGACACACCAACUCAUUCCAGGGUUUUUCUUUAUUUUUACUAUUUUCUACAUUGUAGAAUAAUAGUGAAGAUAUCAGAACUAUGAAAUAACACAUAUGGAAUCAUGUAGUAACCAAAAAAGUGUUAAACAAAUCUAAAUAUAAAAGUAGCCACCCUUUGCCUUGAUGAAAGCUUUGCGCACUGUUGGCAUUCUCUCAACCAGCUUCAUGAGCAAUGCUUUUCCAACAGUCUUGAAGGAGUUCCUACAUAUGCUGAGGACUUGUUGGCUGCUUUCCCUUCACUCUGCAGUCCAACUCAUCCAAAACCAUCUCAAUUGGGUUGAUAUCAGGUGAUUGUGGAGGCCAGGUCAUCUUAUGCAGCACUCAAUCACUGUCCUUGGUCAAAUAGCCCUUACACAGCCUGGAGGUGUGUUGGGUCGUUGUCCUGUUGAAAAACAAAUGAUAGUCCUACUCAGCGCAAACCAGAUGGUAUAGCGUAUCGCUGCAGAAUGCUGUGGUAGCCAUGCUGGUUAAUUGUUCCUUGAAUUGACUGUGAAGGCCUGAUUGUUUCCUCUGAAGAGUUGAUGUUGAGAUGUGUCUGUUACUUGAACUCUGUGAAUCAUUUAUUUUGGCUGCAAUCUGAGGUGCACUUAACUCUAAUUAACUUAUUCUCUGCAGCAGAGGUAACUCUGGGUCUUACUUUUCUGUGGCGGUCCUCAUGAGAGCCAGUUUCAUCAUAGCGCUUGAUGUUUUUUGCGACUGCACUUGAAGAAACUUUCAAAGUUCUUUACAUUCUCCGCAUUGACUGACCUUCAUGUCUUAAAGUAAUGAUGAACUGUCGUUUCUCUUUGCUUAAUUUAUCUGUUCUUGCAAUAAUAUGGACAUGGUCUUUUUCCCCAAAUAGGGCUAUAUUCUGAAUGCCACCCCUACCUUGUCACAACACAACUGAUUGGCUCAAACACACUCCAAAUGUACUUUUAACAAGGCACAACUGUUAAUUGAAAUGCAUUCCAGGUGACUACACCAUGAAGCGUGUGCAAAGCUGUCAUCAAGGCAAAGGGUGGCUACUUUGAAGGAUCUCAAAUAUAAAAUAUAUUUUGAUUUGUCUAACACCUUUUUGGUUACUACAUGAUUCCAUAUGUGUUAUGUCAAAGUUUGGAUGUCUUCAAUAUUAUUCUACAAUGUAGAAAUUAGUAAAAAGAAAAACCCUGGAAUGAGUAGGUGUGUCCAAACUUCGACUGAUACUGUUGUAAUUAUAUUUUAUGCAAUAUGUGUUUUGAAUAUAUUUUAAACUCAUUUGAGUCAUUAUGUUCCAUUAUCUUACCCAGGAAUCAUCAUUUGUUCAUGUUUACAUACAUUGUAUAGCCAUUGAAAUGUCUCCAUGAUGGUGAUGCUGCUGUUGUAAUGGAGUAAUGUGGGGUAGGUGCAACAUAAGACAAAAAAAUGACAAAGCCUUGAGUGAGAGGACUAACUGGUGUCUCCAAGUGGACACACACCUCUCUGAAGUGUUCACAGUUCCUAAGUCAUUCCAAUGCACUUUUAUGACUCAAAGAGUCUUCAACUAUAAGGUAGGGCGUUCAGCCACUCUGCCCAGAAAACGUGCUUUGGUGAUGAAAUGUCACUUCCUUAUGUUACAUAAUACAUUUGUACCAAGACAAAUAUGAUUAUUCAUGUUCUGAAUCUUUCAGUGGGGUCUUUCUCUAACAUAUCAAAGAAGUUGGAUUUCAUAACCUAAUACAUCUGUCAAUAAACACCGAGCUCUGUUGACACAGCGGUGCAGGUUUCUCAUAACAACUUUUUAGGAUUUUACAUUUUGUGGUUGUCUUCGUCAAAGUUGUUUCUGCGGGUUGCAAAAAAUUAAAUUGGCGUGACACGAACUGAAUUAAAUGUCAAAUAAAAAGCUUGAUGUAUCCUCGGCGCUCCGUUGACAUUUCAAAGAUAUACGAUUGUUUUUUAGAGAAAUCUACUAAGACCAAGAAUUAAUAUGAAAAGUCUAUAAUAAAAUAUGAAAAUACUACAUGUUAUGUCUCAAAAUCGAUAUCCAUCUUACUUCUAUAUUGUUUUAUGUCCCGUGGUUUCGAGAAGAAAGAUGAGUUCAAGGGGAAAGUGACCUUGUCAAGUAGACAGUAGCCUUCAUUUUUGCACAGAAUCCAGCCGAGCUGAUGUGAUGCAAUUUUCCAGAUUUUGUCAAACGUUUUUUCUCUGGCCUCCAUUGAUUGAGUCACUGCAAUUCUGGACAUCCUACAUGGGUAAAAACUCCCAAUAACUUCUUAGAUGAUUAUCUAUACAUUUACACAUUAUAUAUCCAUUGUUCAAAAUAUGCCUUUUUAAUUGGACACCCUAUAUAACGUUCUUUGUUUUGCUCUCCUACCUGUGCUAGAGGAACUAGAGCAAGCACAUUUGUUUCGUUUGGAACAUAUUCCUGCAACCGGCCCUCGCAGAAUUACUGUUUACGCAAUCCAAAAACGGUCCAUAAAUCGCAAUCUGGGUCAAGUGGGCAUAAUUUGAAAGCCUGUUCUAUUGCCAGCAUGACUAGCUAAAUUAUGAAAUGCGACAUUACAGUGUUAGGCUUUUACAAUGCAAUUCAGGGACACAGAUCAGCAUUUUGGUGCACAUAGAAAUGGGUCGUGUGCAUUCAGGUGCCUGUGCUGCGGUACAUUUACUUCACAACAGACAAACAUAGGUUCAUUCUGUUCAGAACAACCCAGGGUAUAACGCCAUGUCAUCUUGUAACCGUACAUCAAACAUAAUGAUCAUAAACAUUGACACUGUAUCUGACAUUAGUUUUAUGAUAUGGAAAUGUGAAGUGCACAUUUUGGACUCUGGUGUUUGGCUUGCUUGUUUGACAUCAAGGCAGUAUUUAUAAUCCUCAAUGUCUCAUCUUUCAGAAUACAUAGAGUUCUCUUAAUUUACAGCGUUUCCCUCUCUCGGACAACAAAAACGUUGCCCAAUUAGCUGCAGGGUCGGGGCACGAGUUAGGACGCCUGUCAGUCAAAACCCAUACAGAGCUGUGAAGUGUAGAGCCGGAGGUCUGACAUCAUGUAUAGCAUGUUACUGUACAACCACUGCGUUCCAAUUUAGGCAUUUAUCAGCGCCCAAAUCUGCCAUUUUCAACCCAUAUGAGGGUUAAAAGUAUAGUUCACUCUCACCAAAAAAUACAUAAUCAUCAUCACGUUUUUUUCUCUUUACUGAAAGUGCUUAACUUGACUGCUGAGUGAACUAUCCUUUUAAAGGCAAGUGUGUUGUGUGUUGGUGGAUGGGAUAAGAGCCAGAAAUAUGAUACCUCCAUGCAAUGCCACUUAGAUCACACUGGUAUUAAUGUUUAUAUUGUAUUAUUUAUUAUUUUAUGUUAAAAACAAAGCAUCUUGUAUAUCGUUUAUAAUAACUUAUGCAACAUUAGUGUAUUAACGCAUCAUUAUAAUAUCAAGUAAUUGUAUGAUUACCCUUUUGCCAAAAAGUUCUAAAACAAAUGUUCAUAAAAUGUUGUAAAAAGGAAAAUGAUGAUCAUCAAAUCGAGUGAUUACCAAUGAUUGAAGUUUGUAUAUUAACCUGAUUUUAAAUUGCAUAACCUGAGCAAAUCUCCCUCCUCUUCCAUUGUUAUUGUAGUUGCGGCAUCCUUUCUCUCAAUCUAGUCCAGUACUACUCUUAUAACAGAGCGUCUGGGCUUAUGACGAAACACUACUCCAACCUAUUCCCAACGCUCACCUGCCCAGUCUACCGUUGGACAGCACUCUAUGACUUUUGUAUGUACAGUAAAAGUUGAAAGCAAUAUGCUGUAUUAACCCUGAAGAAGCCUUGUUUUCUACUGCGUCAGUGUGCAGCUUGUGUACAGUUUGUGUGGGGCUGAGGGGGUGUUGAUCUGUCCGUGAGAAUGUUCUGAGAGAUAAUCAUGACUGCUAGGCUAGCUGCAUUAGUUCACAAAAAAAGGCUGUGCUUCUUUUUCCCCUCUUUUUUUCUAAUUUUCUUUGCUCUCCCUCUUUUGCAUUUUGAAAAGUUGAAUGGGCAGCUAUCUGUCACACUGAAUAAAAUGGAACAGAGUCACUGUCA